UUAAUAACAACAUGAGAAGACUUGAUCCUGUGAAUUGGGGAUCAAUCAGGACUAAUACCGUGCCACCAGCAGCUGAAUCCGAGGCAAUAGCAGAAGCACUCUAUUGGAUGGAUGUGCAGCAGCAGCAGGAGCGUGAGAGAUCACGAAUCCGGCGCCAACACAACAUGAGACAACUUAAUCCUGUGAAUUGGGGAUCAAUCAGGACGAAUACCGUGCCAUCAGCGACAAAGGCUUUAAUAGAAGCAUUGCCAAUUGUUGAACUUGUACAAGAGAGAAUUGAAUGUGCAAUUUGCUUGCUGGAAUUUGAAGUUGGGGAAAAAACUAAAGAGAUGCCAUGUAAACAUCGUUAUCAUUUGUAAUGAUCAUUAGCUACACAUAUUAGCCAGCACUACUAAAUGACACUGUUAGAGCCUAUUUAAAUAAGGUUCAGCAGUUAGUAAUCAAGGGUGGUGAUUAAAUUAGAUCAAGUACCAGAUCAAGGGCUGAGAUUCACUCAAAAGGGGUAUAAAUAUCAAAUACAAAUAGAAGAAAGGCAUGUGAAAUUGGUAUGUUCUAAGCUCGUGUUCCUUCCAAAAUUUCUUCUCUAAAUCUCAAUCCAAAUUCUUAUUCUUUCUCUUCCCAAUGUUGUUCUUAUCUUCCAAAAUCCUUACCUUCCAAUGAAGUUAUUUUCAAUUAAUUGGAAAUGAGCUGAUCUACUAAUUGACUAUUAGUUCAGGUAUGCAGUUGCUUCGAGUUAGGUUGUUCACCUUUGGAAUCGAGUUGCUGAACUAGCUUAUCUAGAAUUUUUCUUCAAUUUUAGUACUCUUUGUGAUUUAAUUGAAUUUCAAUUAAUCAUUUCCGAAAUUCGAUUAUUAUUGUUUGAACACUGUUCAGCGUGAAGUUAGUGUAAUUGUUGAGUUGUUGUCGAUUUAAUUGUUGUGCUUGUUGGAGUUCAUUACAUCAUUCCAAUUGUAUUAAUAAGUGGUUGGAGAUGCGGGGAUCCUGUCCAAAUUGCAGGUAUACGAUGCCCCGCGCCUAGUGCCAAUGGAGACGGCCCACAGGAGACCACUGAAAUUGGUUGGUAAUUAAUUUAGACUAGGAUGAACAAUGAAAUUUUUGAUAUUAAC